GCAGAUUUUUAGUCUCUUAAGAAUUGCAAUUUGAAAAUGCGUGGCAUUUUUACCUGAGAAUAUUUAUGCAUUCCUAACUCUAAAACCCGUUUUUUAUUUGAGUUUGGAGCGAAGUUUUGAAUAAAGGAAGAUAUUAUUGACUUAUAAAAAUAAAAUAUAGCGUGCAACUAUGUUUAAACCAACAGUAUAAAAUUUACUGUUGGUAAAGCAUUCAUGGUGUAGAUGCGUUUAUUCAUUUAAAUUUAGAUGAUCGCUAAUAAUUAAUUUUAAUUUUUGUUUCCAUUAGUAACGAGGAAGAACAUUCACAAUGUUAGCCCUAUUGCAGUAAUUGCUCAUUAAAUGUUUGAGCUUAUCUCAGAAGUGCUCCUUUGUGUUAGAAUUACUGCACCAACUAGCCUAACUUCACAAGCUUCUGGUGUUUUGGGCUCUACACCUUUUGGAGGAUUUGGAACUACAACUUCAUCUACUCCUUUUGGGGGAUUUGCCUCAACAACAGCUACUACUGCUUCUCAAUUUAGUGGUUUCGGAGCUACAACUACUUCCAGCACUCCCUUUGGAGGAUUUGGAACUGCAACUACAACAAGUGCUACAAGUCUUUUUGGCGUUUCACAAGCAGCUCCUACAUUUUCUUCAUCCUUAUUUCCUUCUGCUACUACAUCUACCUCAUCAUUUCCAACAUUAGGGCAAACUUCCACUACUCAACCAGCAGGAGGAGGAGGUUUUUCUUUUGGUGGAUUUGGAAAUACUUCUACCAGUUCCGUAACAUUUGGAACAGGUUCUCUAGUGCCUGCAUCUAGUAUUGCACCAACACCAUCUUCUGUAGGUCUUGGUGGAGUAGAUUUGCAAAAUUCAUCUUGUUUAAGUGGUAACAACAUAUCUAAUAAAAAGGAUAGCAAAGCUGUAAAAGAAACACAGAUACCAAAUGAAAUUGCAGUUACUGUUGAAUCUUUCAAAAAAUAUGUGAAAGAGCAAAAAGCAAUCCGUGAAGAGAUGAGUCGAGUGUCCAGUAAGAAUAUAUAUAAAGUUCAAGAACUUGUAGGCACGCUAAAGCAACAGCUGUCCAUAGUUUCCAAUGGUCUCCACAGAAAUGCAACUGCAAUAGCAAAAUUAAAGGAGGAAUCAAAUCAGGAAUUAAAGAAUGCAGAAAUUGCACAAAGAAAUAAAGAUGCAAUAACUUCAAUGCAAUAUGAAAAUAAUGCUUCUACGGAAUACUUUCAUAAUUUAGCAAAUUCAUUUGAAAAACAGAUGCAGUCCUAUAGACAACAAAUAGAACAGUUGGAGAGGCAUCUUUUGUCUUUGUCACAGCCUUAUACUCUAACGCCAAAUGAAUGGACUGCAAUUAGAAAAAGACUUCAUGAUACAUUUGUCACUUUAGCUGCUCAAUUACAAACAGUUCAUCAAGAAGUUCAGCUAUAUAAAGAACAUUUCAUAAAUAGUCAAAAGCUAACUCAUGGUGAUAUGCGAUUAUUUUUGGAAAAGUAUAAAGAAAAUAUGAAAGAUUCAAUGCCAUCUACACAUCUACCAGCAUCAGUGACAUAUGGCCCAUCACCUUUUGCUGCUAUGCAGAGUGCUGUGGGAAAGGCAAUAACUAAUGUAUUUAAUCGUUCACAACAACUGCCAGGUGGCAAUUCUUCUUUUGGAAGUUUAGGAUUGUCUGGAUUUGAAAGUGGUACAAUUUCUAGGAGUACAGUGCUAAAUAUGAGUGCCAAACGAAUAGCCCCCUUUCAAAAUUUGACACCUUUUAAACCACUAGGCCAAACUGCAGUACCUUCCUUUGGUAGUGAUGCCACAGCAUUUGGAAGUGAUAGUUCUGCUAUAAAUAAUCAAAAGCCCUUUCAACUACAGAAACCACCUGCAGGAAACAAACGAGGCAAACGCUGGACAAGUACAUGAUUGUAUUUUUGAUGCCAUUAUUUUUAUUUACAUUUAUGAAAUAAAUUCAUUUUUUAUAUAUUUGUU